AUGCGCAGGCAUCCAGGUCCCCCGCCUUAUGGUCCGCGUCGCGCAGGAUCCGGUGCGCCCGCUGGCGCGCACGCUGGCGCGCACGGCUAUGGUGGCGGACAGGGCUACACUGGCGGCGGCGGAAGCAGCGGUUAUGGCGGACACGGGUACACGGGGGGAGGCGGUGGCGCAGCUAGGGGCCCGCGCGGAGGCAGGUCGCCGUACGCGCACCAUCCUUCCCCGCAAGCGCCCGCCGCGCAAGCUCCCCCAGCGGCACAAGCACCUCCCCCGCCUCCCCCUCCGCCAGCCCCCGUGAACCCCGCCGUUGCGGAGGCUGGCGCGCGGGCUGUGCGGUGGCUAGAAGAGGCAGCGGAGGGAAUUGGCGCUGACGUGGCGUUGCGCGGAGCGGCCAGCGAUUCCGGAGCCAGUCGUUUCCUGACAGCUGUCGGCGAUGGUUUGCCCCAGGAGGUGCAGCUUAUAAGCCGAGUGGCGUCGCUUCUCCAGUCGCCCUUGGCCCCUCAGCUGCUCGCCUGGGAGCCCACAGCCAGUCGCGUCUGGAUGCUGCUCGAACGCCUGCUCGCACACAGGGAUCCUGUCAUCCAAGCAGCAGCUGCUUCCGCCAUCGGGGUUGCAGCAUCAGUCCGCCUCCCGUCCGAGUCGACCCCUCUCUCUCCAGCCGCUGCAGCGCCGCCAGCUGUCGCCGUUUCAUUCGCAGGAGCGGAGCGUCUCUUUGCGUGGGCCCUGCCCCAGCUCACAGAUCCCAAUGCUGACGUGGCAAACACACGCCUUGCCCUGCUGGCAGCUGCUCCCUUCUGCCAGCUGGCACCCGCGCCUUUGCCGCCUGAAGCUGAUCCGAAAGCGCUUUCCCGGAUCUUCCUGCAGCAGUUUGAGGAAAUUAUCGACCUGCUGCUGGGCUGGGCCAUGGAGCCGUCAGUUCUGCCGGCUAGCCGGCAGCUUAUCGGCGACUGCUUCUUGCGGUUCGGCCGGCAGUGGCGGGAGAGGGGAACGUUUACUCGAAACGUGCUGCUGAAACUAGUGGGGGAUAUUGAGACGGAGGUGAAAGCGGGUAAAGGGACGGUUGAUAGCGGUUCUGCUGGUGUUGCUGGUGGUGCGGCUGGGGCUGCUGGGACUGCAGGGGGUUUUGGCAGUAGUGGUGGUGGUGGGGGAAGGAGCAGGGCAGCAGCAGCAGCAGCAGCCGCGGCAGAAGAAGCAGAUGCUUCGGAUGCUCGCUUGGCCGCGCUGACUUUGUCUUUUAGUGCCGUUCUGGGCGGCGUGACAGGCUGGCGAGGCGUUCCUAGCCCCAGCACAGAUGUCACCCCGACAGGUGCAGUCAAGUGUGCGAGUGGUGGGGUUACAGGGGAUGCAGCAGUUAGGCAAGGGAAUGCGGCUGGGGGACAGGGUGAUUCAUGGCGUCAGGUGGUUCCUUUGGAGAGUCUGUUCCGGCGCUGGCUGGUGCUGCUGAGAGAUCUCCUGCAGGUGGACAUUCAGGUGGAUUCUCAGGUGGAUUUUCAGGUGGAGGGAGGAGACGGCGGGAAAACAGUGCUGGUGGCAGCAGGUGGUGCUGGCGUGGGAGCAGGGGGAGGGAGGACAGCAGUAGAAGGGACUGCUGCUCCCUCAUGUGCACAUGAGGGAGCAGCAGUUGCGGGAGGGCAGGUGAGGAGGGUGCCAGUGGGGAGAGCAGGGGUGGCGCGGGUGGCGUGGGUGGCGGAAUGGUGGGCAGUGCUGCCUGUCUUCUCCUGGGCCCUCUGUGCUCGGGGCAAUAAGCAAGAUUCAUGGAAGGAGAAGGCAACGUGUCCGCCUCACCGUCGCUGCUCUCCUGUUGGGCAGUUUCUGAGAAGCUUCUACGUGCCAGCUGUCGCCCCUCUCCUGAACGCCAUCGCCAGCACGCGCCUCUUCCCGCCGCCUGCCCUCGCGGCCGUGCUGCGCUGCCACCUGGCAGCGAUUGACUCGCUGCGCGGGCUCUGUGUGACGGAGCUGCAGGCUCAACUGGGGGAGGUGGGAUCUGUCGAAUCUAACGCGUUACACCAGGGAGACCAACAACAGCAGCUGCCGCCGCCGCCGCCGCAGCAGCAGCAGCAGGCGCAGGGCAGAGAAGUAGAGAUUCCCGGCAAUUCACACGGAAGCAAGGGAAGCGAUUUGACUGAACAUGUCUCCAAGGGUUUUCCUCCCAACAUCCCCCAUUCUUCACCAGACCCCCUGGCUGCAGCCUUCUCUGCGCUCCUCUUCGCCCGCCCCUACGCCCCCCUCCCCCUCCUCCGCCUGCACCCCCACCCUGCUGUCGCCUCCGCUGCUGCCGACACCCUCCUCUCUCUCCUUGCCUUCCCUCCUCUCACACUCCCCCCCUCGCACCCACCGCCCCUCAAUCCCUCCCUGUCUCACACACAGAUACCAGGUUCCAAGCUAAGUUCUCCAGUGCCAACUCCCACUCCGCCAACCCAUAUCCCCUCCUCCUCUCCCCCCUCUUCCUCCUCGUCCUCUCCCUCCUCCCUCCCCUCCUCCCCCCUGUCGGUGCCUGUCUCCUUCCUGCUGGCAGAGAUGCGUGACUGCUACCGCUGUGCCACUCCCACCACACACUGUGGCAGCAUUGGUAACCAGGUUACUGGUGGGCCUGCAGGUGUAGUUACUGGUGGAGUUCCCGGCAGUGGGGGCGUGGGGGCAGGAAAGCAGCGGAGGAAGAGGAGAAGUGCCGUGCGUUCUGGUAAGAGUUUCCUGUUUGAAGUCGAUUCCGCGUUGGAAGACUGGUGCAAGCAGCACGGGGCUGACCUGUCCCCGUCUGCUGCUGACGUGGCGGAGUGGGAUUGGACGACAGAGGAAGCGGAAUCCCUCCUGCGGUUUGACCUGGUGGCUCUGUCCUCGGGAGUGAUUCACGGCGCGCUGCUGUGCGCUCACAGCAUAGACUACCGCCGCUGGACCCGCCGCCUCUGGCCACUCCCGCGCUGCCAGGUGGCGGCGUUUCACGGGCUGAGGGCCGCCUCUCAGGCUGCGUUUCGUGGUGAGCACUUGCUGCUGGGUAUCGAUGCGGCGACUACCGCAAGCACAUCCGUUAUUGUCACAGCCACUACAGCCAGAGCCACCUCCACAAGUGCAGUCCCGGGUGCACCUGUUACUGCUGGCGCUGGGGAUGCCACUUCUGCGAAACCAGAGAGUACAAGCGCUGAGAACAGUGCCACUAUGGAUGCCACUGGCAAUACGCUCACCGGGAGGAGGACUGGGAGCAGCACCAGAGGCGCACCUGCAGGUGCUCUUGUGCUUGCUGAGCUGGCGCUUAGCUGGCGUGACGUGGCGUGGGCAUUGCAGGAGGGCGAGGCCUGUGCCGGUCUGAAGCUGGAGGCUCUGGCAUGGGUCCGACAGAUAUCUGAGUCAGCAUUGGCUGCGUCAGCAGCCACGCAAGCACCUGCAGCAGCACGAGAGGCAGCAUCUACAUUCUCACCUGCCAAUUCCAUCAUCCCCGCUUCCCUCUCCACCAUACCUCCUCAUCUCCUCCUCCCUCUCACCUCCUCUCUCCUCCACCCUUCUUCCUCCAUCCGGCUGGCAGCAGCUGGCAGCUUGUCGCUUCUCGCAGCCACAGGGGCACUCUGCGGCCGUCAAGCUUUGUCUGUAGCGCAGGUGGCGCUGUUCCAGGCGGGCGGCGAUCUCGAUACUGCCGUCCGCAAGGCCAUGGAGGAGUUGCUUCAGAAGGCGCUGCUAUCUGCUGCUGUCUCUCCCGCCAUCCCUCGUCCUCUCCCCCUCCCUCCUCCUCUCCAUCCCCUCUCUCCCACUUCCCUUCCUCUCACCUCUCCUCUUCCCUCACUCUUCUCUCCUUCACUCGUUUCUAAAUCAUCUGAGAUUCUCCGUGGGCCUUCGUCAGGUGAAAUGUGGCUCCUGAAGGCCGCAGCUUCAGGUGAAUUCCCAGUCCACCUGGCGUCGGCGUCAGGUGAUUUGCCGCUCAAGCCACAUCAGCUGGUGGGGGUUCUCAACCUGCUCUCCCGCAAGCAGUCCACGUCAGCACCGCCGCCGCGCCCUGAUUGGCUGCUGCGGAUCCUGCUCACUCUCCCAUCCUCUCCUCCCUCCGCUUCCUCUCUCCCCUCAAAUCCCCCUCUUCCCCAAGCUCCUAAUGCUUCUCUUCAAACCACGUCAGCAGCAGUAGCAGCAUCAUCUGAAGCAGAAGCAGCAGCUGGAGAGCUGGACAGCUGGCGCCAGCUGGCGGCGGUGAACGGUGAGCUGGCGCUGAUGUGGCUGGUCCAGCUGGCAGCUCGGCAGUGCAUGAGCGGGCGGCUGCGCACGCAUUACGGGGGAGCAUCUGCCACGUUUGCAGCUUUUGAACGGACUCUCUCUGACGCCACAAAUCCCACUGUUGCCCGCCUGCCCCUGCUGCCCAAAGGGGUGGUGGUGGUGGUGCCAGGGAAGAGAGGGAUACUAGGAGGAGGUGGUUGGGGAGGAGGGAAAGAUCCCUCGUCUUCAGCUUUGGGCCGAACCAGCUCAGCAGCCCCAUCCACCUCCUCUUUCACUCUCCUCUCCUCCUCCUCCGCCUCCCCCUCCCUCUCCACCUCCGCCUCUCCCCCUCCCCCGCCCAACCUCCCUGCUCCUCCCCCUCCCAUCUGCACUGGUGCUGAGCUGGCACUCGACCCCGACGCGCCACGUCAGCACGAGCUGGCGCUGAUUUCCCUCCUCGAUUUCAUGGAGGCUUUAGAACGGCAGGUCCAGUCAGCAACGGAGGGCAACUCCUUCACCCCCCCACCCUCCAACCCUAACAGCCUCGGGUUUUUCCGAGCCAACAGGCGCGUGUGCGAGGAGUGGUUUGGAAGGUUUCGGGAAGGACUGGUGCAUUUGGCGCUGGGCGUGGGGCGGAAUGGGGCUGUGGUUUUUCAUGCAGGGAAGAAACUAGGGGAGCUUAAGUGCCCUGUAGAAGUGAGGGAGUGGGAGUGGGACGAGGAUGGGGAUGGGGACGGGGAGGGGGAGCGGCAGCAGCUGCUGCAGCAGUUGCAGCAGCAGCAAGGGUGGGCCAGCUCAGCAACAGAUGUCGCUCAUGCAGUGCGCCACCUGGCGUUCGGUCUGUGCCAGUCCCGCGAUCCAGAUGCGAUUGCUGGGCUGAGGGAGUGGCUGCAGGUGCUCGUGCGAUCGCUGCCUCAUCCUCCUGGCUCUGCUCCUGCUAAUGCAGGCACAGCAGCAACAGCAGCAGCAGGAGGAGGAGCAGAUGAGCUUCUACAGAAACACGUGUGGCUUCUAAAGGGGAUGGAGCUGGAGGCAGAUGGAAGGUUCGAGGAAGCUGCAGAGCACUACAGAGGGGCGAUGGAGACAGGAAGGGCCAAUCCUCUCAGCCAAUCAGCUGAAGCCGCCACGUCAGCGUGCCUGCACUUCCAGCAGGAUCUGUCAUCAGCUCUCUCCCUCGCAUCCUUUGACCCGCUCCUCCUCACCCCCAAUGACCCCAUUGCUGGAAGCACGGAGCUGGGAAGAAAGUCAGCUUUGGGUCGGCCUCUGUUGUCUCUAUCGGCAGUGGGCUAUCCCGUGAACCCAGCAGCAGCCAUGCCAGUGGCGCUAGCAGCACUGGAGUGCACACUGCUGCAAGACACUCUAGUAGGACAGUCCAACGCAGCGGAGCAGCAGCAGAAAUACAACACACUAGGACAAGGACAGCACAACACUUUUGAGGCGCCUCAACAGUUCAACACACUGGAGCAGCAGCAGAACAAAUCACAGCAGCAGCUGCAGCACAGGGAUGGGAAUCGUCAGCAGCACCACAUACACAACCUGUUCAGUUCCGGUGGACUGGGAGGAGAAGCUUCCUCGUUUGCCAGCUGUCACGAUGCCAUAGGCUCGCUGCUCUGGGAGCUGCCUUCGUGGCUCGGGGUGCUCCGAGCCUGCCAGGUUGCCCAGCCGCGGCAUGCCGAAGCUGAAUCGGUGAUUCGCCUGCAUCUGGCUCGGCAGGCCAGGCUCGGUGGGAACCUGCGGCUGGCGAGCAGGUUGCUGCCUGGUUCGGUGACAGCUCUGGCAGACCAGCAGCAGGAUCGGGGGGAUGAGAUGAGAGGAGAGCUGGAGAAGUGGAGGGCGAUGGAGGCAUGUGAGGUGGCACGUGCUGAUGGGCGAUGCUUGGAUGCUGUGAAAGGGAUGUGGUCUGUCUGUGGCCCAGCUAUGGCUGACAUGGCAUCUGCUGCAGCUGCACACACAGGAGCAGGUGCAUCAGCAUCAGCGCUGGCGUCAGCAUCCAUGCAUCUUUCUCCUCACUGCAAUCCGCUCGCCACCCACGCGUGUCUCAAGCUCGCCAGCUGGCUGCUUCCCAUUGGCUCCUUCAGCCAUGGGGUUGGGUGCUAUUCAGGAAAAGGACAGCUGGCAGCUUUGGAUUGGCUCCUCGCCAGCACGGCAAAUGGGUCAUCUUUGGUUCUCCCCCCUCCGUUAGUGUCAUACGGGGUACUGUCACAGCAGCAUGCAGCAUCCAUGGCCGCAGGAUCCUCUUUCAAAUAUUCAAUCCGAGCCAUCCAUCCCAUUCAACCAAAUCUGAUUCCGGAAUCAGAUUCAGCCGCCCUGUCCAACCCUACUAGCCAAACGUAUCCCACAGGGCAAUCCAAACUUGCAAAGUUGGAUCUUUUGUCUGUAGCAGGGGCGGCGGUUUGGGCGGCAGUGGGAGCAUGCAGCGAGAUGCCGCAAGCGUGGCUGGCAUACGCCCAGUGGCUGGACUGCAUGGCUGACACACGCAUGCCCCGCCAUGCUGGCACGCUUGCUGCUGACGUGGCGCAAGGCGACAGCACAGGAGGGGAAGGAGAGGGGAGAAGGGAGGAGGAGGAGGAUGAGGAGGAGGAGCAGGAGGUGGAUGUGGUAGCAGCGCUGCCUGCUUCCCUUGAUGAUGAUUACAGUGCUGAUGCUGCUGCUGCUGUUGGUACGACCGGCAUGGGUGCAUCAAUCUCCGGGCAGGGCGCCAUCUCCCCACCAUCAUUUCAUCUACCGGACACGCUGUCACUCUCCCCUGCACUCUCUCCUCUACGGGCCGGUUUUGGUGCUGCAGCACCAGCACCUGCUGCUGCUGCAGAAACCACCGCUGCUGCUACUGAAGGGGUGCAUGCCACAAGUAGUGCAUCGGAGGCUGCUCCCGCUGGGUUCACGGAGGGAGAGAGGGACACAGUGCUGUGUGUUGUUACCCACCUUCUGAAACACCUGCAGCUGGCCAAAACUGAUGCUGCUAGUGUUUCUGGCGGUGAUGCUGGUGGUGGUAUUGAUGCUGCUACUGCUGCCAGUGUUGGCGUCUCUGCUGCAUCAGCCACCAACAAGGCGACAGAAAGGGAAGAAGAAGCAGCACAAGCAUCCGCGCUCCCAGCUGCCCAAUCACUGGCUGCCACGUGUCUGGCCAUCAUGGACCAAUUACUGCUGCUCCCAGCCCCUCCUGCCUCUCCAGCCCCUCCCGCCCUGCCCUCCCACACUCUUCCCCAGCCACUCUCUGUGUCCCCCUCUCGCUUCAAAGCCAUGGGACCAAACGGAUUGCAUGUGGGCAGCAGGGAGGGAGAUCUGGGUGCAGUAGAGGCGCGUGGGUUGGGCGGUGGGUUGGAUGCGAGGUGCAUGGGAGGUGUGUCAGGGGCGAGUGAUCAGGUAGAGGAGUGCGUGUGGCAGGAGCUGAUGCAGCAGCUGCGUGCAGCAGUGGUGCAACAGAUGACAGCCGUGCUGGGAGGAGGAGAGCGGCUGGACUAUUGUGGCGAGGAUAACAGCGGGGAUGCUGCUGCUGCUGCUGCUGUUGCUGGCGGUGCUGCUGCUGUUGAUGGCGGUGCUGCUGCUGUUGCUGGCGGUGCUGCUGCGUCAGCUGUGGCAGCGGUGGCAACGCCAGCAGCGGCAGCAGCUGUGGCAGCAGCUGUGCAUCAGGUGCUCGCCACCUGGCGCGCCGCCCGCUUCCGCGCGCUGUCAACGCGACACCUGGCAGCCCGCGCGUACAUGCGGUUCCUGCAGCUCACUGGGUCUGGGUGGGGUGGGUCGUGCUCGGGGGAGGCAGGAGGGAGGGGUGGGGUGUGCAGGGAAGGAGGAGAGGCUGGUGGGAGGAGUGGGGAAGAUGGCGGAAGGAAGAGCAGGAAGAGGAGCAAGGGGAGUGUGAGUGGUGCAAGGGAGAAUUGCAGGGGAGAAGAUACGAUGAGCAGGAAGGAGGGUUGGCCGCAGGGGUUGGAGGGGUUGGAGAGAGGUCAGAAGGGGUGGGAGGCUGCUGGGAUGGGUGGGGCGAAGCAGAGCGGGUGGGAGGGGAGGAUGGAGGAGGAUGGUGGGUCAUGCGGGGCGGCGGUGGCAGGUGGGAGUGCGGUGCUGACAUGUGUCGCGAUGCGAGUGGUUGAUAUUCUCAUGCAGCAUGGCUCGCACAUGCCGCCCGUGGUUGCCGCCCCCAUGGAUGUCGGAUGCCCGCAUGCCUGGCAGGUGCGUCCUCAGGCAUGUUCAUUAUGCAAGCCCAUUCUCCCCCAACUCCUGGCUGCGAUAUCGGCGCAGCGCAGCGCGUCUGUCAGGCUGCAGCUGAAACGUGUCCUGCUCUCAUUGGCCGGGGCCGCCCCGUCCCUGGUGGUGUACCCGCUGUGUGCAGCUGAGAAGCACCGCCUGCAGCACCUCAGCCUCGCCCUCGCCUCCCUCCCUGCCGCCGCUGCUGCUCCUUCUGCCGCUCCUCCUUCUGCUCCUCCUCCUUCGGCUCUCAUUCCUAACUCUAAAACUGCCGGUUCAGACAGUUCUGCAAGUGCUGUUGCCUCGUCUUCUGCCAAUGCUGCUGAUGCAUCAGUUGCUGUUGAUGACAUGGCAGCUGACCUGGCAUGGCACGUGGCGCUAUCUCAAGCAACACCCGGAUGGCAUCAGCUUCGAGCCGCUCUCUCCUUCCUGGAACACCACCAUCUAGCCAUGGUGACAUCAGCGCGCGCGCUGCUGACAUCAGCGGACCGCCUGUCAGUGCUGCCAGAGGAGCGGCUGCUGACCUCCCUUCAGUCCUGCCUCUCCCUCCUCCACCGCUCCCUCUCCUCCCUCCUCCUCUCCACCCGCCACCAACUCGCCGCUUCCUCCGCUGCCGCUGCCGCUGCCGCGGCUCCCAUCCCAGCUAUUGCUGAUGUGCGCUUUCCCCUGGUAGCACCAGUGAUUCCGGAGAUAGUGAAGAGGGUUGUGGGGAGUGGAGGGGAUGGGGAGGGGGGGGAGGGAGAAGCAGGGAAAGAGGAGGAGCGGCAAGAAGCAGGUGUGGGCGAGGGGGAGGGGGAGGGGGAGAGGGAGAGGGAGGAGCUAGCACAAGACGACAAUGAUGAUGAGGAUGAUGGCAGGGGGGUGGUGGACACGGCAGUGCCUGGUGCCCUGCUAGUUAGUGACCUUGCUGCUACUGCUGCCGAUGCUGCUGCUGCUGCUGCUGCUGCUGCCCCUGUGGGUGUUGAGAACGUUCCGUCUGUCUCUGUAUCGGCCCGUGCCCCUGCUGUCUCUGCUAUCUCUGCUGUUGCUACUGCCACUCCCGCCACUGCUGCAAGCAUGCAUGACAGCAGAAGUGCACCAUCAGUGCCAUUGCUGCCACCGUCUGUCCCCUCGGAGGAGGCGGUACGAGCGCAAUUUCAAGUCAAGUACCAGGAGAUAGUGGCCGGGGUGCUCCGCCCUCUCAUCGCUGCAGCUGUAGCCGCGCUACAGUCGCCACCCACUGACGUCAGCAGUGGCGCACUACGAGACAAAUGCCGCCCGCUGGAGGCGACUGUAGCGGCGCUGCAGAGGGAGCAGCGGCGGUACCUCUCGCUGCCAGAUGUCGCACCAGGAUUCGCCGCUUUCAGGGACACUGCCGCCCCUGUCCCUGGCUGCUUAUCCAACUCCGUUACAAGCAGAUUCGUUACAGGAAGUAGUGAUCCUGGGGCUUUGCUUAGCUCAUGUGCUUAUAACGAAGGGCUAGUGACAGUAGCUGCAGUGAGAGACAAGGUCGAAGUUCUCAGCACCAAGACCCGCCCGAAGCGCAUCGUGAUCGUCGGAUCCGACGGCCAGGAUCGCAGCUUCCUGAUCAAGGGCCGCGAGGACCUCCGAUUGGACGCGCGGAUCCCCCAGCUCUUCCAAGCAGCCAAUGCGCUGAUGCAGAGCCACGGACCAACCAGGAAGCGACAGCUGGCGGUGAGGCAGUAUGAGGUGGUGCCGACGGGGAGUCAGUCAGGCAUGAUCCAGUGGCUUGAAGGGUUGCAUAGUCUGUACUCGCUGUAUAAGGCGUGGCAGUCCCGACAGGCUGCUGCUGCCACUGCUGCUGCCGCUGCCGCUGCUUCUGCUGGUGGGGUUGGUGCGGCUGGUGGUGCUGCAGGUGGUGGUGCAGGAGGGAAAGGCGGAGCAACAGUGCCGGCAGGAGCAACGCCAGCAGCAGCAGCAGCAGCAGCAGCAGGGGCAGCAGUGCAGCGGCCCACGGAGAUGUUUUUUGCCAAGGUGGCGGCAGCGCUGCAGGCGAGAGGGAUGAGCCGCUCCACGCCGCGCUCUGAUUGGUCGAAGGACUUGAAGCGCGGCGUGUUUGAUGAGCUGGCACGGGAGGUGCCACGUCAGCUGCUGGCGAAGGAGAUGUGGAGCUCAACAACAGGCUCCGAGGGGUGGUGGGGCAAGCAGCAGCGGUACAUAGCAUCAACGGCCGUCACCAGCACAGCGGGCUACAUCCUUGGUAUCGGCGAUCGCCAUCUCGACAACAUCCUCUGGGACCUCUCAUCCCCCUCUGCAUCCGGCUCAGUGGUGCACAUAGACUUCACGGUGGCCUUUGACAGAGGGCGCCUGCUCAAGGUGCCAGAGCUCGUGCCGUGCCGCCUCACCACCACGCUCAGGGGCGCCAUGGGGCUGCCCGGCGCUCUCUCCCCGUCCGGGCCCUUCGCCUCUGCUGCUGUGGCCGCGUUUGAGGCUAUGCGGGGCGGGCUGAUGGGUGGGGGCGAGUGGGGCGGUAUCGGUUGCGACUGGGAAGGGUUUGCUGCUGCUGCUGCUGGGGAAAAGGCAAGGCUUGGAUUAAGACAGCGUGUGGGGAUGGGGGGAGGAGCGGGGAGUGCAGCAGGAGGGGGGCCGCUGCUGCCUGCACUUAUGAGUGCGUUCCUCUGGGACCCUCUGGACGAGUGGGGAGGCCCGCUCGCCCCCACUGCUGCCACUGCCGCUCCCAAACCUGCUCCUGCCACCGUUGCCCCCACUGCUCCCCAUCCUGCUCCUGUUCCUGCUUCGACUGCUCGUACUGGUCUUGCUCCCACUGUCCCUACUGCUCCUGCUCCUGCUGCUCCCACUGCUCCUGCUCUCGCUGCUCCUCCCCCCACAUCUGCUGCUGCACCUAUCAAUUCACAUUCACCAGCACCCGCGGCUGCAGCCAUCCCACCACCUCCCCCCCCUGCAAAAGCCCUCCAGGAGGCUGCGCCUCGGCCUGCAUUCCCAGGUGGUAUCUGGGACGGGGCGCUACUGCCGUGGGAGGCGGAGGUGGUGACAGGCGCUGCUGCUCUGGGCGCACCCAGGGGGAGGUGCACCUGGGGAGGGUGGCAGCAGAGCAACGGCAGCAGCAGCAUCAGCAGUGCUGCACGCUCAGCCAAGAGAGGGGCAAUGAAAGGGGCAAUGGAGGCCAUGCUUGGUGCUGCCAUGACACUUCAUGCCUUGACUCACUCCUCCCCCUCCCCCUCCCCCUCCUCCCCCGCCACCAGUCCCUACCUCCUGACUUUGGCUCUCAGCCUAUCAGAUGCCGCCAAGUCAGCUGCUGCUUCUGUUCAGCACCUUAUCGAGACGUCAGAAUCCAAGAAUCAGGCUCGCUCCGACCUCGUAGCAGCACAGGAAUCCUCCAAGAAGCUUCUUACGGAAGAGGAAGCUUCCAGGCAAGCGAUGAGAGCAGCCAUGGAAGCCCUCUCUCGGAUCGGCGACCAGCAUCGGGGGAAGGCUCGGCGCGCCGAAGCUAAGGCCGCUUCAGCCAUGGAUGCAGUGGGUGAGGCUCGGCGAUGGCUGGACGACAAGCGGGCGGCGCUUGCUGAGCUGGCGCCGCCAUUGCCGCCAGCUGUCGCUGUCUCUAGUGUUCCCACGACUAGUCAGAGUGGUGGGAGUGGGAGUGGGAGUGGUAGUGUGAGUGGGAGUGGGAGUGGGAAUGGGAGUGGCCGUGGCAGCGCCCGUGCUGCUGGAUGGUUGAUGGGGGAGGAUGUGAGGCGGUGGGCUGCUGCUGCCCUGCCCAACAUGGCAUGGCAGGACGGCCGUGCUGAUACCACCCUGCCGUUGCUCCUCUCCUCCUCCUCAUCACUAUCACCAGCAUCAUCCUCGUUGCAGUCACCAUCACUGACAUCACCUCCCAUUAGCAGAUCGCUUUUGUCACAGCCGGUAAUGUCAGCGCCUAGCAGCACACUGUCUCUUCUGGAUAUCGCUACCAACCCAUUACCCUCCUCUGCUCCUCUGCAGCAGCAGCAGCAGCAGCAGCAGCCAACUGUACUUCCCCUCGCCGUCAUCCCAGAGGCUCUCCGUGCCACCUGUCGCCAGCUGGACCUGCACGUGUGCCAGCUGGCGGCCGCGCGCUGCCGCGCCGUGCUGCGAUUGGUCGGCGGGCUGAGGGCGUACGGGGAGGCAGCGGUGGUGGCAGGCGGGAUGGGGGUGACGGGCGGGAGGAGGAGAGGCAGGGCGAGGGGCACAGUAGGAUCUGCUGAGGAAGAAGUAGAGAAGGAUGCGAGCCAAGGUGAAGUAAGAUCUGCUGAGGAAGAAGCGGUUACCAGCCAACCACUGCGCGGUCUCCCCACUGCCACCACAGCUGUCUGCAUGAACACGUAUCUGAGCACGAGUGCUGUGAGCCGGUGGGCGCGCGCACUGGAAGCCACUGUGACAGCGGCAGGGCUGCGCGCACUGCCAACAGGGGUGGGAGAGAGGGAGAUGCGGGACGAGGCGAGGGCUGCAAGAGAGGUGCUGGAUGGGAUGGGGCGGGUGGAUGGAGGGGUGGGCAGUGGGAGGCGCGUGUGGGCGCUGCCAAGAGGUGAAGGGAUGGUAGAGGGGCAUGGCAGUAGCGGCGGCGUUAGCACCAGUGAGGAGCGAUUGUUGGAGCGAAGGCAGGUGCUGGUGAAGGCAGUAGAGGACGCUUGGAGGGCGGUGAGCGGAGAGAGGAGUGCCGAGCAAGAUUCAGAGAAGACGACAAGAAUGGAGGAGGCGGAGGAGGAGGAAGGAGAGGGAGCGGAGAAGCAGAAGGGAGUGGUGAGGGAGAUUGAGCGAGUGCUAGGAGGGGACGGCGGGGGAGGCGGCAACCAGGGAAGGCUGUAUGCGUUGGUGACGGCUGUUGGCCUGGCAGCAGCCGCAGCAGCCGCUUCUGCUGCCGCAGGGGCUAGUACUGCUGCUUCCGGUGACAGUGAUGCUUCGUGCAGAGAGGAGUGGCAGACAGAGGGAGCAUGCGUUGGGACAGGAAUGGAAGGAAUGGACAGCGAGCUGGCGGAGGGAUCAGGUGUGAAGGAAUUGAAAAGAGAUAGAGUGCAAGUGGGAGCACAGGAGGAGGGAGAUGGAAAAGGAGUGCUGCAAGGAGAGGUGGCACGAGUGGAGGGCAGGAUUUUGUUCGGCUCUGCACUGGCGUCUCUGCUGACUCAGCUGACAGCUGGCGGCGAGACACGGGGCAGUGAACACGCUGAGCUGGCGGAGGAGUCUAGAGACAAGCAGCGCGUGGCAGUGCCUGGUUCCCAGCAGCUGCCUCCCCUGCACGUGGCGUCCCAGCAGCAGCAAGAGCCAACGCUUCCCUGUCCUGCCGCGCUCCCUGCCACUCCCACCAUCCCAUUCUCCCCAUCCUUAUCACCCCGCACUCUAUCAAUCCCCUCUCCUUCAUCCCCUGUGCCCUCCCCUCCCGCCACUCCUCCUGCCCGCUUGCCUGCACGGGGGAGGGUUGACAGCUUGGAUGGUGAUAGUAGAGGGGGGGAGGAAAGCAGCAGUGGUGGUGUGGGUGGUGACGUGGAAGAGGGUGACUCAUGGCUGCUGGGUGCUCUGGAGGAGGAGGAGAGGGCUAUAGAGCAGCUCAUGGGCUCACUCCCUGCUGCUCCUGCUGCUGGUGCUCGUGCGGGUGCUGGUGCUGGUGCUGCCUCUGGUGGUGAUACUGUUGGUGCUGAAGUUUCUUGUGGUAGUGAUGCUGCCACUACUGCAGAGGUUGCAGGGGAGCAGCAGCAAGACAACAAGGGAACGAAGCAGUCAGCCUCUGCACCAUCCUCUCCUUUCCUCGCACAGCAGCAGGAGCCGUCGCAACCAAAACCUGCUGUCUCUCCACAUUCCCCUCCCACCUCCCCACCCUCUCAGUCCCCUACACCACACAAGCCUCUCAGCUCCCUUUCCCCUCUCCCCGCUCCCUUCGUCCCUUCCCCUGCCUUCUCGAUCUCGUCCUCCCUCUCCUCCUCCGUUCAGCCCUCUUCCUCCCCAUCCUCCCUCAUCUCCUCUUCCUCCUCCCUCUCCCCCGCCCCCUCGCCGCCGCCCAAGCCCAAGUUCCAGCUGGCAGACACUGUUCAUGCCGCCCCGUUCGUGCCCAGACAGGCCAUGCUACACCACACUGCUGCUCCCUACUCCCCAUCCCUACCUGCUGCUGCUGCUGCUGCUGCUGCCGCUGCGCCUGCUGCUCCUCCUCCUAUGCCUCCCCUCAGUUCUCUGACCCACCUCUACCGGUCGUUUGACCCUCUAGCAGCAGCCCACUCUGCCUUCCUGUCUCUCCUUCCACCCUCUGCUGUCGCUGCUGCACUUGCUUCCCCACCCGCUUCUACGGCUGCUGUAAUUGCUGAUUCUACUGCUGUAACAACGGCAAGAGUACCCUCCUUUCAUCUACUCCAUCUGCCGCUGUCAGUUCGUCUGUUUGUGGUGCGGGUGCAACUGGUGGCGGCAGUGCUGCGAGCCUGUCUGGCUGAGAGGAAGGCAGCAAACGCAGGGCGUGCUGAGGAGGGGAAGCAGGAGAGUGCUGCUGUGCUCCAUGCUCAUUCCGCCACCACUGUUGCCGCCAGUGGUUCAGGCAAUGCUGCUGCUGCUGCUGCUGCUGCUGCUGGUUCGGGUAACACUGUGGUCGGUGCUGCAGUUGGUGCUGCUGCGGUUGGUGUUGAUAGGCAAGCUCUUGAGCUCUCAUCUCUCAUUGGCCGGUUCUGCCAGGCUGAGGUCAGCAGGCGUUCUGCUGACGCCAGCAAGCAACACGCUGCUGACAACUCGACUUCUCCCGGGCCAUCCCCACGCAUGCAUGCUGCACACGUGGCAGCCCUUGCUGCUGCACGCGCUGAGCUGGCGGCCUUUGAUUGGCUGCACGAUCCUCAGCUGCCAGCUGGCUCUGUGACACCUGUCCCUAUUGCCGGCAUGCGGGGAGCGAGCUCUAGUUGCUUUGCUGGCGGGCGGCCGGCUGCGGCAGUAUAUGGGCCGCUGCUGAUGGACGUGGACAGAGCAGUUGCUGACGUGGCAGGUGAGAAAGGGAAGAAGGGAAGACAAGACACUGAGCUCCCUUCUCGCUUGCAUCAUCUUCCCUUCCCUCUUCCUCCACCAUUCGCCCGCCUCCACCCCUCCUCUUUCCACUCAUUUUCGAGUCAUUUUGAUCCCUCGUCAGCGCAUCUGCAGGCGGCACAGCAGGCAGAGAGGGCAGCUCGAGCGGCUCAGGUGGAAACAACAGAGGCGCGGCAGGCGGCUCAGAAGCUGGUUGACAGCCUGUCAGUCACACUGCAGCAACAGUCAGCCAAUCACAGCGCGGCCCUUUCCCAAGCGCACCAAGCAGCAGCUGGCCUCUCAUUGGCUGCUGCCAGCCUCGGCCCCUUCCUCUCCCACUCCAUCAUGCCACUCAUUUGCCAGACUAUCCAACCUGCCUUUCUCUCACCCUCACUCACUCUCCCUCCCAGGUCCCUGGAGCAACAUCUCCUCUUCCCUCCUCUCAACCCCACCACCUCUCCUCUCUCCUCCACCUCUCCACCUCCCUGCACCAACAAUGCUCCUCCCUCCUCCCAUCCAUCUCCCAUCUCGCACACACCACCCUCGCCUCCCUCCACACUCUCCGCCUCUCCAAGCGCUGCCACCUGGCAGCUGAGUCAGCGGCGCCAGCGGUGCGGGGAGAAUUCGAGCUAG